AUGAGAAAGAUAUCAACAACCAUCGUCACGUACCUUUCGGACACGACGAAAGCCAUCCACGGAACACUGUCAGUGAUGUGCUCUCUCAAUCACCUGGCAAUCAUCAGAGCUGCGGGAGUUCCGGAGCCGCCACCACGGCAUGACAACCCCUUUGAAGAUUCAGACGAUGACGAAGGAUCAGCGAGCGAGUACAGCUCAUCAAACGACCGCACGAUCACGAUGCUCUGGGACCUGUCGGUACCAAGGAACGCCUCAGCACCGACGAUUUUUCAACUCUUCAUGAGGUUCAUCCACGCACUCAAAGCUGGGGUCGGGAUGGCCAUAACAGAGGGAAACCCCAUUGUCGCGUGCAGCCUAAUCAUUUGGUCACUCAGCGGUUCCACCAACGGCAACUCUGAUGACCAUCAAUACGACACUGACUCAGUGAUCAUAGCAAUCGACAACUGCUCAUCCAGGUGCAUCACCAACUGCAUGCAUGAUUUCAUCGACCAACCAGUGCCGGUGAAGGUGUCAGUGCAAGGAAUAGGAGGAUCAGUGACAGCAACGUACAAAGGGACUGUGAGAUGGGCGAUCGAGGAUGAACAAGGAGUGGUGCAUCACUUCCUCAUACCUGACACGUAUUACAACGCGGCAACCCCAUUUCGACUGCUCUCUCCACAGCACUGGGCGAGAGCGGCAAAUGACAACGCACCCAGGCGAAGAGGCACGUGGUGUGCCACGUAUGAAGAUGCCGUGGAGCUAUUCUGGAAGCAAAGGAAAUUCAAGAGAGUGAUCAAGUUAUCGGCAUCAAGUAACAUUGCCAUGGUAAGGAGCGCCCCUUCGUACUCGAAGUUACACACUUUUUGCUCCAAAGCUCGCGAGGACCUAGGGCGAGGACCACACAAUGAAUUCGACCUGAUGGCAAUGCCAGCAGCAGUGGACGUGACUGAUGACGAAAGUGACAGCUCACUGGAUGAGUCUGACGGACAAGGUUCCGAGGGCGACAGAAUGCACCCGGAUCUUCCGCCGGAAGCGACACAAGAACAAGAGCGAAAUGACGGCUUCCAGGACAAGAUGACUCAUGCAUUUCGCAUGAAGAAGGACCUGCACAGGAUCGAGCAGGAACCGGUUAGGGACGAGAGGUACCUGAAGUACAAGACGGACCAAGCUGACAUGUUGGCUUGGCAUUAUAGGCUCGGGCACAUUUCGUUCGAGAGGAUCAGGAAACUUGCUGAGAAGGGCGACUUACCUUCAAAGCUGGCAACAGCCAGAGCACCCAAAUGUGCCAGCUGCAUGUUUGGUAAGGCCACCAGAAGGCCAUGGAGGACUCGUACUCCGAACAACAAAGCAGAGCCCUUGUCUGCAGAUUUUUCAGGAGCAAUCGUUGGUGUCGACCAGAUGAUAUCGUCGUCACCGGGAUUGAUUGGACAGAUGAGGGGGAUACUGACGAGGAAGAGAUACUCUGUCAGCACGGUCUUCGUGGACCACUACAGUGGGUUCACAUAUGUCCAUUUCCAAGUAUCGACAUCGGCAGAACAGACCAUCAUGGCCAAGAGAGCGUUCGAGAGAUAUGCCAAGUCUUACGGCGUCAUCGUCAAGCAUUAUCACGCUGACAAUGGCAUAUUUGACAGCAAGGCUUUCACGGAGGAAGUUCAUCGAUGUGGUCAGUCGAUCACCUAUGCUGGAGUAAACGCUCAUCACAUGAACGGGAAGGCCGAGAAGAAGAUCAGAGAUCUGCAGGAGGCAGCGAGAACCAUGAUACUUCAUGCCAAACAGAGAUGGCCGUCGGCAAUCAACGCCAAUCUGUGGCCAUUCGCGAUCAGGGAAGUCGAUACCCAAGUGGGAGCACAAGGCCAGGAUUGGUGUCUUUCUUGGUUUGUCUCCACGGCACUCGAGGAAGAUAGCAUUGGUCCUGAGCCUAAAAACAGGCCUAGUCUCGCCACAGUUUCACUGUCAGUUCGACGACCUGUGCGAUACACUGAGGCCAUCGUCGGGAAACGACAUUCCUGCUUCAAAGUGGCAAGAGAAGGCUGGAUUCACCGACAAGGACGGAACAGACCACCAUCGUGGAGAAGUUUCGAAAGAGAAGAAUGUAACCAACGACGAAAAUCUGGCUAG